CUUGUUCUUCUUCCUCAGCUGCAUCAUUUAUUUGUAUAGCUUGUACUUAGCUACCCGGCCCUUUAAUUUAUUCAUUCCACAAAUUUUCCACUUCAAAUCUUGCUUGAAUUUUUCAAGCUCUUCAUGGAAGCUAAGAAGCUUAAUUAGCAACAUCAAAUUGAUCAGAAACUCAGUGCUACAAUCAUCUUCCUUUUGAGUGCCAAAAAAAAAAAAAAAAAAAAAUCCAAGAUGUGGGCUAAAUUCAGGAAUCCAAGCAUCAAAAGAGGCAAUAAAAAGGAAAUGAAGGAAUCUUCUCAUAAUAAAAACCUUAAUGUCAACGAGGAGUACCUGGGAGCACUGAGAACAAAAUCAUACGCCGAUUUUUUCAGCAAAGCUCAAACAUUAGUCAACCAACCAUCUUCCAUAAAUUAUUGCCACCAGAAAUUCUCAGACAUUCUUCUUGAACCUGGCCAAGAAGCCAUCUCAACCAUCCUUGAAUCAGCUGAAUUCCUCUCAAGAAAAUCAGAUCUCAAAGCCCUUUUAUUCAACUACUUCGAUAUUAGCGCCGAGGCUUCCAAAAUCUGCAGCCAUCUUUUAAGAAGCAUCAAUCAAAUCCAAUCAAAUUACCAACUUGUCACCCAAGUUCUUGACACCAUUGAUGAUUAUUCUCCUCAACAAUUAGGGUUCAUCGUCUCCGAGCUUCGCCGGUUGAUUUUCCUCAACAACCCGCUAGCCGAGAACUUUAAUAGACAGGAUUUCGUCGACAUCCACGACAAGUAUUCAUCGGUGUUACAACACUUGAAAUUGAAGAAAAAACACGUGUCGCGAAAAAUCAAGCUCAUCAAAUGCCUGAACAAGGCUUCCGGCGUAUGCGCGAUGACGGCGUGUGGGGCUGUCGCGAUCGGGACGACGAUCCUCGCAGCACACACAUUAGUCGCACUAGUGAUGGGGCCAGCCAUAUUAGGGUUUUGUCCAUUGAAGCCAUUGAAGAAGAAACUGCUUAGUGUAAAUGUUAUGAAAUGUGGGUUUUUAAGGAAAAUUGGAGAACAGCUUGACGUGGCAGCCAAAGGGACGUAUAUUCUGAAUAGGGAUUUUGAUACAAUGAGUAGACUUGUGACAAGGCUUCAUGAUGAAGUGGAACAUAGUAAGGCAAUGAUGCAGUAUUUUUUGGAUCGAAGAGAAGAUAAGCAUUCUUGGCAGAUAUUGAAGGAGCUUAAGAAGAGUGAUUUUGGGUUUAGGAAACAGGUUGAGGAGCUUGAAGAACAUGUUUAUUUGUGCCUGGUGACGAUUAAUCGAGCCAGAUCUUUGGUUGUGAAAGAAAUUGCAAGUUCUAAUUGCCAGGGUCCUCCUUAUUCAUCAUCAUCAGCCAAGUAAUUCUUUUAAGCAAUUCAUUAUUAAUUAGUGAUUAAAAUCUCUUGUACAGUGUGAAUUCUUUUAUUGUUUGUGGACUGGGAUAUGUACAUAACAUUUGUUCAAUUUGUAUAUACCGCAC